ACGCAGACCUGUUCCGCCCCCCCGCGGCCUUCCCCCCGCCCCCGCCCUUCCUGCGCAUCGCCAAGGACUACAGCAGCGCCGCGCUCGCCGUGAACAAAGCGCAGGCGCCGCCGCCCCCGCUGCAGGUCCCCCUGGAGGGGUGGUCGGGCACCAGCAGCGCCUGCUAGCGAGCGCGGGGGGCGCACCCCGCCCCCGCCAGCUCGCACUCCGCCUCCACCGCGCAUCUCGUGCCCGACUCGCACCCCGCGCACGCGCUGCUCUCAGUGGCACACGCCCUGCUCUGCCCCGCCCACACCGUGGCCGCUCCUCCACCACUCGCACCCGCGCCCCCGCCGCCAUCCGACCUCACCGUGCUGCCCAUAGACGAGGUGACGAUGCCCGCGGAGGACGUGAGCGAUCUUAGGGACGUUGUCGACGCGAUAAAUAGACUGUGCGAGACUAUGAAGACGUCGGGCUACGAGGAGACCGAGUACGAGGAUUGCACGGAUGUGACGUGGACCGAGGAAGCGAUGGCCGCAGAGAGCGGCGAGGUGGUGUGCGACGAGGAGCUGGUCAGCCCCGAGGAGGUUUCGGUGCGCGAGGUGGAGACGUACGUGGCGGUGGCGGAGCGCUGGGGCGAGGCGGGCGGCUGCGAGCUCAGCGAGGCGUACUACUCCGCCUCGUCCGAGGUGUCGCUGGUGUCGGCGGCGGAGGGCGAGCUGGUGGAGGAGAGGCGCGGGGCGGGCGCGGGUGUGGGGGGCGCGGCGGCGGGCCACGUGGCCGCCAUGCGCGAGCGGUUCGAGAGCAUGACGCGCGCCAACACGCCCUGCCCCUGCCCCCCCGACCUCGCGCGCUCGCUCUCCCCCGCCCCCGCCGCCUCGCUCUCCCCCUCGCCUGCUGACUGAGCUCUACGCGCGCGCUCCAUCAACAUGAGUGUAUCUGAGAGACGCUAAGCUCUAUAAGGCAUUGAGGAAGGCCUGUGAGAGUUGCUACUCACACAUUUUGACGUGUUUUAGAGGAAUUUUAUAUCAAGCACAUUAUAUACUUAUUACUUAAUUAUUAACAUUGAAAACAUGUAUUACAAAUUAGUGCCUAAAUAUUACGAUUAUUGUAUUUAGCGGUGCCAUUCUUCCAUAAUUAUUUGUUAAUUACUCGAGGGUAGGUCGUAGAUUAGUUUUUGUAAUGUUGCUAUAAAAUGUAUUUAACUUUAACUCGUAUAUAAAAAGCGUACAAAAUAUACUGGAUAUAAGUAGGCGGAGUGCGAAAGGGUUGUGAUUGGGUCUAUGUCCUUUUGCGAUAAGACGAACAGUUACAUAUCCGUAAGAUGUAAGAAUAGAAAAGUUUAGAUGUAGCCGAUUUGUAUUGGAAUAUUUAACUAAAGUAGUACAGAUUCAUUAUAACUGUUGUAUUGUGAUCUUCGAAACGCUCAAAUUUUGUAGUUUUUACAUCGUUACAAUUAUAAAUAUAACAACCAAUUUAAUAAAUAAAUACCCUACAUUUUAUCAGACCAAGGAGAGUAUCGCUUACCUGAAGUUACUUGUAACGUAUUCAGUUUGUGUUAUCGAUUAGAUGUCGACUUUCUAAUUAGAUGUUAUACAAUGAUAGACUUAGAAAAGUAUUUUAAUGCAAAUUAUGUUGUUUUUGAUACUAAGUUUGAUUUUUAAUUUAAUUUUAGUUGAAAACUGUGGAAUUUUUUUUGUUAGGUUAUGUUGGUUGUGUCAGUUGCAUUUUACCACCAACUGUUUUAAGUUUAUUUCUUUUUUACAUUAUAUUUGUUGUAUUUUGUACAUGCAAGUGUCGUCUGCAGCGUUGUGGUGCGUGUCAUAUAAACGUGUUCUGAGACAAUUAAAUAUAAUUCAAUAUAUGACUUUAA